AUGAGUUCUCUUCUGAAAAUAAUUUGUAUCGCUGAAGCUGCUGGUGAACUUGAUGAACCAACACAUAAGCGCAGAAGGUAUUGGGUUCAUCCUAUACAUAGUAGUAAUGAACACGACAUACGAUUUCAAGUGUUUUAUGAUAAUCUAAAAAAAUAUCCUGAAAAAUUUUUCGACUAUUAUCGGAUGUCAAUUUCUUCGUUUGAAGAGCUACUCGAGAAGGUCCGAUCACAUUUAACGAAGGAAAUCACGCACUUUCGAAAUCCUAUAAGCCCGGAAAAAAGAUUGACAGUGACUUUGAGAUAUUUGUCCACGGGAACUAAUUUUGCGGCAUUACACUUUGAUUUCUCCAUCGGAAAAAGUACUAUUAAUGGAAUAGUUAAAGAAACGUGUAAAAUAUUAUGGUCAGUGCUAUUAGAAGCCGAAAUGCCACAACCUACAAAAGAAACCUGGUUACAAAUAUCGGAUUUAUUUUAUAAAAAAACCAACUUUCCGAAUUGUCUAAGUGCUAUAGAUGGCAAGCACAUCAGGUGCAAAAACCCAAACCACGCAGGUUCGCUGUACUUCAAUUAUAAAAAAUAUUUUUCCAUUGUGUUGAUGGCUGUGGUAGAUGCCAAUUUAAAUUUUAUUUCAAUUCAUGUUGGUGCCUAUGGAAGGGAGGCUGAUCCAAGUGUGUUUCGGGAAAGUGUAUUUGGACAAAAAUUAUAUUCAAAUUUACUUCAAAUUCCUGAACCCAGAGCAUUGCCAUCUUCCGAAAAUAAUAUACAACCCUUUGUAUUCGUUGCUGAUGAAGCUUUUGGCUUUCAUACAAACGUAAUGCGACCUUUUCCAGGUCGUGAUCUCAAUAUACUAGGCGUAUAUUUAAUUACCGAUUAUCUAGAGCAAGAAGAACAGUUGAAUGUGCGUUCGGGGUACUUGCAAAUAAAUGGCGAGUAUUACAUACUGCCAUUUUGGUUGAACCAGAAUUUUGUGACGAUAUUGUGAAGGCAUGCUGCAUUCUCCAUAAUUUCGUAACAAAAAAAGAUGGGUGUAAUUAUGAAGAGACUGAAAAGAAUUUCAAUGUUCAACUAAAUAAUUUGCAGUUUCAUGGAAGAAAUGUUACUUCUGGAGGCAU